AUGGCUAGAAUUAAAGCUUGGCGUGAGACUCCACGCCCCCAAUGGAUUGCUCGACAAUACCGAGACCAUGCACAGCAACCUGCGGUUUUCAUGACACUGAAAGAGACCAACCCGGAAGCCUUACCAGUUCGCCUUCCACAAAUCGCCAUCCAGGUCUACAGCACCGUUCCCCUAAGCCUGGAAUCAGAAGAAGACACAGAAGAUGACUAUACCGCUCUCAGUCGAUAUCUCUCUUCAAGGCGCUCUUCCUAUCCCGAUGAAGCCAUGUCAUUUGAGAUCUAUGCCCCCCAGGCCGAUGUGUUCGCUUGUGUGGAGCACCAAAGACGCGAAAUUCGUUACCGAAAGAAUGAUAUCCCUGGGGAGGGUUUCUUCCCUGGAAUCGCGAAAGUAGCGCCCGACAAGCACAAUCACCUUUUGCAGGGGUUUCUUCUGGUGAUCACUUCCUAUAGCUUCCGCGAUACGUUCCUACCGAUAUAUGAAGCUGGAUCCGGCCCGCUAUGGGUGAAUUUUGAUCGAUGUUUCCCGCUCAAAGCGAAAGUCGAUCUUCCGUCUAGAAUUGAGUCCACUUCCCGGUCUGGGUUUGAUCUCUCUACCAUCAGUGUUGAUCGCCAGGUAUACUCCGAGAGAGAAGAACUUGUUGUGCGAAAAUGCCGACAUGUGGAUGACAGGUGCCGGGAACUCUCCUCUCUUAUUACCCGAAGUCACAGUGAUAUGGAGGAAGAAGAGGAGGAAAAUUUUGAUUAUGGCCUGAAUGAAGACGAAGGGGAUCCUUCCUUAUCCAUUCAACCUCUGGCACCACAGAUCAUUGAAUUGCUACAGAGCAAAGCCGAUUCAUUGGAUCAUGACCAAUUUGACAUCAGAUCAGCCUCCGAUGGUGCUGUUGCCAUCAAGACCGAUACUGCAGCCCUGACAUCGGAACCAGAACUUCAGUACAUUAUUCACGUCGCCUUCCCUUACGAGCAACUCGAGUUAGAGCUCGUGACAAUCGCUAAGGCCUUUACCGGUGCGAUCAUCGAAAAUCUUCCCGAGGGAAAGGCCGUCAACUUCGAGUUCUUUCCGGCGGAUCAAUCCCUGGGUGCUACCCUAGCAUCGCACCGGGCUCUAAUGAACUCCCGCCCGGGUAUAGCCGUAGGGGCGCUUCAUCAAGGCACUCGAAGAUUUCCGCAGAAGCGACAUGAGCCCGAGGUCGAAGUUCCAUCGGACAGGGAGCCAUACCGUACAUUCUUUGUCAUUCUCGACCGUCCAGAUUUCCUCACAGGGCCUGGUGUACUUUUUUUCCUAACCGAUGGAAAUGAAAUCACAGAUGAGGCGAUGGAACGCAAUGUUUCUAGUACUAAAGACCAACGUGGAGAUUACGCAGUAUACCAGGUUUGGCGCAGUGUAGGAAUGUCUGAAGCAGCGGGGAGGUUGGCAAUGAUGCCUACAGAUCUGACUAGCUGGGUUGAAAAUUGA